AGUAGUUUCUAUGGUUUACAAUAUUUCACUUUCGCAUAGUUGGUGUCGUGGGAAAGUAAAUAAAAAGUUAUUGUGCAAGAUUGUGAAAAGUGCGCCGUAAGUACGAAGACGUAGGUGCGAUGACCAGCGAAAUUUCACGCACGAAGAGGGCUUAUUGGUUUUAGUAGGGGUUUCGUUGACGCGGUCACGCGCAACCCAACGCCCACAACCGUGACAAAUCCGCCCGAAGCCGUCGUCUCGAUUACUGACACAACAACCUCGUGGAAAACAAUUUACCCACAAAGUUUUAUGAACAAUUUUCGACGAAUCUCAUUAAACAUUGAACAUUGGUUCGAUACUUCAGUGUGACUAAAACUAAGCUCCUUUACCUACGUGUUUCACUUCUAUAACUAAGUUCUAUUCCAGCGGAGCAUAAACGUAAACUUAGCGUGGCUUGCUAAAAGCUAGAUAAAAACUUAGAAGAAAACAAUAUCGCUCACUCGAUCGGCUGCGAUUCCAAAAUGAACAAAUGGAAAGGUGAAAAAACAAGCUUGUUAUCUUCAAUUAGUUUCCGAAGAGAGCGGUCGGGAGCGGAAUCAUAAGAUAGAGCAAUAUGGUCGGGAGCGAGUGGAGGGCAGAAUCCGGUUUGAAAAAUAAACUGUCUGUGCCUGCAAAGAAAAAGUAUUUGUAACAAUUCGGGCCAGCACGCGCCUCGCUUGUAUUAUUUUUAUACACUACACGAGUAUACUUAUAUAUGGGACCUCGCUUGUCCCGUAGGGCACGAGUCCGUUCACCUAAUGAAGGUCCAGCCUCGACCGAAAAGUAAAUGAAUAUUUUAGUAUCAGAGGCAUCCGUCAAAGUAAGAAAACCUUUAGCGGAACAUUGGAAGCCAAUUGAAAGAUUCGCGUGAACUGAAUCUAAUCGCAAAACCAAUUUGGCUUAAGCAUCAGUCAACGCUCUUUCAGUCUUGGAAUAUUAAUCCAUUUUUAUUAUCAAACUUCACGGAAAGUUUUUAGGUCACAACAUCAUGCGAGAAAUGAAAUGAAGUUACUGCGCGUGUUAAACAAAUGCCGCCGAAAAUGCUGCCAGUUAAACCAGAACGUGUUGUUUGGCUUCGGCCACGUGUACAACGACCUCUGCGCGGCCAUGUGGUUCUCCUACAUGAUGCUGUUCUUACAAGCCGUGCUGGAAAUGAAGGCGGCAGUCGCAGGCUCCAUGCUGCUCUUAGGGCAAGUGGUUGACGCGCUAGCUACUCCAAUAGUGGGAAUUUUAGCGGAUAGAUACAGCACUAAGAAAUGUUGGCAUUUAACAGGAUGCAUAAUAGUAACAUGCACCUUCCCGCUUCUCUUCGUCCGGUGUUGGGGAUGCACUAUGAACGACGAUGCGACCUUCCGAUCCUGGUGGAUGCCCCUCAACUACGCAUUCCUCAUAGUGUUCUUCCAAAUCGGCUGGGCUGUCGUCCAAAUAUCCCACCUGGCUCUGAUCCCUGCCAUUUCUGAAAGUCUGACUGUCCGCUCUGAACUCACCUCUAUAAGGUAUAUGGCUUCGGUGACAUCGAGUCUAAUGGUGUAUCUUAUAACCUGGGUGGUUUUGAGAGCUACUAACUACAGUACUUUCAUCGGGCCCAGUGACGAUUACAAAUUCAGGGACGUAUCGUUAAUAAUCUCCGGUGUAGGUAUUACAUCGUACGUACUAUUUCAUAUAUUCUUUAAACUGCGUCCGUCAAAAGAGGUCAAAUUCAAUGGGAAUGCUAUGGCUAAUGGAAGUUCUAACCUUAUAAGCGAAGACACUGAACACGCAAAACCAACAGCGAAGUCGAAAAUUAUGCAUUUCUUGCGGAUGCCAUUGCUUUACCAAACGAGCUUACUAUAUGUUUUCUCCCGGCUUUACUGGGCCCUGAGUCUGGUGUACGUGCCUCUGUUCCUCGAAGAGCGCCUAGCUGUCAACCCCACGCAGGGGUCUGAGCUCGUAGCCAGUGUACCACUAGUUCUAUACAUUUCAUCAUUCUUUUUCUCACUUAUACUGAAGAGUAAGAUCAGCAGCUGUGGGAAUCAGGUGGCGUAUUUAAUAGGAAGUUUUCUAAGUUUGACGAGCAGCGUUUGGAUAGCUUUAGCCAUAGAUCCGCAAGCAAGUAUCGUGCAAAUAUACUUGGUGGCAACAUUAAUAGGCGCUGGAAGUUCGAUCACCCUGGUUUCUAGUUUAUGCCUUACUGCGGACCUGAUCGGCCCUCACACUCACCAAGGCGCUGCGAUAUAUUCCAUCGUAACAUUCGCUGAUAAACUCGUCACUGGUAUUGCUGUAGUAGCCAUUGAAAAUUAUAAGUGUGACAACGCAAUUAACUGCCCCCAGUACUACCGGGGUGUCCUGACUUUCGCCUGUGGAGGCAGUGCAGUACUUGGAAUCGUCGCCUUGUCCUUUACGAAACUAGCUUCCAAAAGGAAACCUUCAACAUGAUAAAGUCGAUGGAGCAAAUUAAUAAAAAUGCUGAAAUAAAGUCCAAAUACUUG